CACGCACUUCUUAAUUGAAUAUUCGAAACCACACCUUUGAGCUAUUCGAGGUCUGGCCUCUCACAUGAACAACCCGAUAGUCUUCUUCUUAUCAUAGCAUACCAACCAGCGAACACCAGCCAAGUUUAGUUAGCCAGUUUGAGUAUUCGUUACACUAGGACGGAUCUUUAGCGGGUAUAUAUAAAGGCAAGAACAAGGAAUAUAGGAUUAAAGGUAAUAUAGGAUUAGGAACAAACUAGUAGAGAUAUCAAUCUUACGAAACUAUCUAAGGUUAAAGCUAUUCCCGAAACUAGCGAUAAGUAUACGCGACCUAGUACUAGUAAGUUAAUAACUUAAGAAUCACAAAGUUUUAAUACCUUUGCGGACUUGUAGCUAAACAACGAUAACUUUCGGGGGUUAGAUAGGCUAAAUCUACUAGUUCCUACCACUUUAUUCGACCCUACUAAACCGUAGUUAGUGUCGCCGCGAAGUUGUACUCCCGAAGCUUAUAAUAAUAAUGAUUUUGACGAUUUUUAUAACGCAACUCUACUAAGAAUUAGCUCGCCGAGUCUACUACUACAACUACUACCUAUACCGAGUCUACCUCCACCAAGUACUUCCGCUCGCUCUCAACACUACUCCUAGCUUGUUUUACUCUCUUCUCCUGUUCUACCUUCUUCUGUUCCGCGUACCUAGACGCAAAGAUUACUCGAGGACAAGGAUAAGGUUAUUCCCGUCGCCGAUACCCAGAACUCCUUUGAGUAGGAUCCUUAGCAUCUAUAGCGUUAUACGUAAGAUGCUGACGCUAAGGAGGAUAAAUUGGAGGUGGAUACGUAUUACGAUUUAUUGGAUAGCUAAAGGUAGUUUAGUCAAUAAAAUAAGUUUUCAUAAUACUAAAAGAUUAUAUAUAAAUAUAGUAAAUUUUGACAGCGACAGCAAGGUAGCGACAACAAGGUAGUAAUUACGAAGCUUUAUAAUUAAUGUUAGAAGACUGCAAGGGUACCUGGCCACCCACUGUAAAAUAGGUGGGGGUCCAUGUCACUUCAAAGACAGUUAUCAUUUUUUCAAAGACAAAUAUCAUUAGGCUUUCUUAAUUGUUGCCCCGAAGGACAUCUAUAAUUGAACUAACUAUAGUCAUAACUAUAUACUUGUUCUAAGUCUAAGUCUUUAACUAUAAUACCUAUAAUGUUCUAAUUAGAUCUGGUUAGUAGCAGCCCCCCGGUUGAAUUAUCAAGAGUACUAAAGCUAAACCUAAUUUGAACGUUCUAUCUCUUAGUUAAUAUAGAUGUUCUCUUGGACCACCAUACACGCGACGGUUCACAUGCAUUGCCAGCUUAGAAGGGAAGGUUCCAUAGCCCUCUCCCUAUGAAAGAACGACUGACUCACCCUAUCAAGGGCGCUGACUAAACAACGCACAUGGGGAGUCUGAGGCAGAACGUUGGAAUAAGGCCAAGCCGUUUUUGGGCGCACAGUUACCUCCAACAACACCCUCGCACUAAACCUGCCCAGGUGCUCGACUGGAGAUGGAAAGCUUGAAGGAAUACCUCCGUACUUCCUGUUUAGCUCGAAGAAACACAAAGAGUCAAUCAAAGAUCAGAAUAAUGCUAUGUCUAUAUUUACGCAUUCAACGAUGAAUGACGAUCUAACACUAUCCACCGUCAAAACUCAGUAGGAUGGGGUGAAACUGUAGAUGCCUUAUAAAGCAGUAAUCUAAUAUCCGAUGCUGCAAGUAGGCGUCUCGAGGGGGUGAGUUGAUAGAAAAGAGGUACUCGCUAUACCUAAUUAGGAUCGUCUUUGUCAAUGUUGUUGUCGAUUUGUAUUCUAGCCAAUAGAACAGCCCGGAAUCGAUCAUAUUCGAAUGACGACCCUCCGACACUCCGAGGAUGUCUAGCGUUAACACCGCUUAUUACCGCCCAUGGGGUUGCAGAUUUUCAGGGGAGUGUAGGUACUGAAUUCGGUACCUGCCUUAUGGAAGUUGUAGGCGGUGCGGUGAGCCCUCUAAGCGGGGCAGACGUCGGGACGAAACCUUAACUUCUUUUGUGACUCGCAUGCUUCAGUUGACAUGCUAUUUUAUGAAGUCCAUUACACCAAGUACAGAGUAUUUGGCAUCACGCAACGCUGCAAAGAAUUACAGAUGUGCUGUUGACAAAAAUACGGUUCAAAUGUUUUGGCGAACCCCUAAUCAAGCAAUAGCGCAGAGGAAGGACGCACCGACUUUCAAGCUUUACUACACAGUAGCAAGGCUACUUACUUACUUCUACGAAGUACUUCGAAGUAAACUUACUUUGAGAUCCCGAUCGUUUAACGAGCUUAGUAGCUAUAACAUCACAAUAAUAAUCCAGGCCUUUGCCAGUCCUCUUCGUUAGCGAAGGGAAUGGGAAUUUCAAUCGCCUGAUUUGGUCUGCCAAAAGCCCCUUUUUCCCAUGAUUUUCUUCGCCGAAGUGCCCGCGUUGACGUCGUGCUGACAGGUGCAGAAACUUGAAGUUCGGAAUCGGAUCAUCCGACGUAAAAUACAGUAGUGGAGCAGUCGACUUUACCAAUGACAUCUUGCAUGGAACCUUUGAAUAUCCAUACUGUAUGUGGAUCCACGCUCCACUAAGUCGCAGGUACGGUGCGGCCCGUCGGCUCCUGUCAAAAUACUUACUCGAGUAAGCAUUCCAAAAAAAAAUGAUUUUUUUCCCCCUGGCUGCCGCCCCGCCCUCGGUGGUGACUCGGCAUUUCCAUUCUAGUGCGCAUUUGGGUGUGAUUAGGAAAUGUGCGUUCAUACCUCACUCGCUACAUCCUCACGACCGCAUCCUCACCAACCAACGCACCCUCACUGUCGCCCUCUCUAAUAGUUCGCGCCUCGCGUGUUAGGGUUAGCGUUAUAGGUUAGGGUUAAUGGAAUAUGAACCCCUUAUUGUCGCGUCGCCUUUUGUAAUCAUUUUUAAAAACAUUAAAACUUCAUAUAUAUUUCUAGCAUACGCGUCGACGACGAAUGUCGUCGACCGUAGCAUAUUUUGACAAGGCCACUUUUGAGUCUUUAGCACUCCAGGACGCGGCGUACCCACUUCCCCUUAAUUGGUUAGUCUAAAAGCAUUUUAAUGGAAUCUACUCGUAAAAGCAUUUUAACGAGACCCGGACCGUUUCGCUGUGUACGGUACGGUAUAUUUUGAUGGCAUGCAUAUCAAGUAUAAGUUGGAUCUCAAGCCCUCGCCUAACUUCCUCCUCCACCCUUCUCUUCUUCUCUCCUCUUACCCUCCACCUCCUCCUCACCACUCGCUACAAGUACCUCAAGGUACCUCCAUUCGUUUCAACUGCGAUCACUUCAGUUGGUUUUUUGCGCACAAUAUAAUGAAGUAUCAACAAUCUUUCAACGUCGUGGCCGCCGCCCUUGCGGCCACGGUAUCGGCAGCCCCCUUCACCCCGCGCCAUCUAAACUGGACCGUUGGUCAGGAAGUUCCAACCACCAGCGGUAUGGUGGCGGGCCAUGCCGCUCCCGAUGUCCCCGAGGUCUCUGAAUAUCUUGGUAUUCCAUAUGCCAUGCCACCCGUAGGAAGCUUGAGAUGGCAGCCUCCCGUCGCCUUUUCUGGAUCCAAUGAAACCAUUGACGCCACCAAAUUUGUAAGUGUAGUCCUCUGAAAUCAAAAGGAACGAACUAACCCAUGAACAGGGUGCAAGCUGUAUGCAAGCGCCAUUUGUUAUUCCUCCACCUGUGCCUAUUGUCGACAACCCAGAGAGCGAGGACUGUUUGACUCUCAACGUCUGGGGUAAACCCCAGAAGGGUGAGAGAGCAAAGGCAGUCCUUGUCUGGGUCUAUGGAGGAGCCUACUCCUCCGGUACCUCAGCAGACCCUGCAUUUUCUGGACGCUUUAUUGCAGACUCAGAGGAUGUCAUUGUCGUUUCCAUGAAGUAUGUACUCUCCAAUUUUCUUACCAUUCAAAGUUUGUUUUGACGUUGAGACUAACAAUGCCUGUAGCUACCGUCUCAACGUCUUUGGCUAUCCAGGAAACCCCGCGCUCCCUGGAAACUUGGGUCUCCGUGAUGUACGCCUUGCAAUGGAAUGGGUUCGGGACAACGUCGAGCACUUUGGAGGUGACCCCAGCCGUAUCACCCUUUUCGGCCAGUCUGCAGGAUCUGGUAACGUCGAUGCAUACAGCUACGCUUACGAGGAGGAUCCAAUCGCUUCCGGCUUCAUCUUGAUGAGCGCUACUCUGUAUGGCUUCCCUGCCCUUGAACCAGCUGUCGUUGCCGAGCGUUGGUACCACAUCACCAACUUGGUCGGAUGUGGCAACGAGACUACUUCAACCGCCGAAGAAGUCAGCGACUGCAUGAUGACCAAGACCACCGAGGAGGUGUUGGCUGGCUACGAUCCAGCCAACCUUCCAGCCGUAAACCCUUACGCUCCUAUGAUUGACGACGACGUGGUCUUCUCCAGCUACGUUGACCGCAACGUCGCCAAGGCAGGUUACUUGAUUGGUAACACCUGGAACGAAGCCGGUUUGUUCAAGGCCGCCAUGCCACCUCAAACCGACGAGUACUGGGCCACUGAGUUCAACGCUCGCCUCUACACCUGCGCGGGUGCCGUCCGUAUCGACCAAGCUCAGGCUCAAGGGAACCCAGCCUGGAGAUACCUGUACUUCGGUGACUUCCCCAACCUUGCCGUCUCCAUCGACCCCCCAAGUGGAGCUUACCACACUGCCGACCUUGCACCACUCUUCAACACCGUUUCUCAAGAAAAGGGACCAAGCACACCUGAAGAGAUUGCCGUCGGCGACUACCUCCGUGACGUUUGGUCCAGCUUCGCUAAGAACCCUCAAUCUGGUCUCGACUCUUUCUGGCCUCAAUACGCAGACGACACUAUGAGUAUGGCACAAACUGGUUUCAACAAUCAGACCAUGGUCCUUACCCAGGGUGACACCUACGAUGAUGUCUGCCACUGGGAUUACACUGCUGUCGGUCAAUCUACACCAUUGUAAAUGAUUCAAGUGUGUUAUGGGUAUGUACGUGUAUGUGUAAUUAUGAAACGACUUUUGGCAUGUUAGAUUAUGAUAAUUGGGCUGUAUGUAGGAACGAUGUUGGAUAUGAUAUUUAGAAAUAUGAAACACAUGAUAUUUUCAUCAUCUCAG